AAGGUUAGAGAAAGACAAAUAGAGAGGACAUAUAUAGCUACCUGAACUUCCCUUUCCUGUAACCUCCUUCUUCAGAACAAAACCAUGGCUACUUUAUUCCACUCUGUUCACACCAGAGCAGCCGGAAAGAUUGCCAGGAGAAAUGCAGCAAAGGUCUUCUGCUCAACGCAGAUGCCGCCAUCCCAGAGCACAAUCAAGGUUGUUAUCAUUGGGGCCACAAAAGAAAUUGGAAGAACGGCAAUAGCGGCAGUUAGCAAAGCAAGAGGAAUGGAGCUUGCAGGGGCCAUAGAUUCUCAGGGUAUAGGCUUAGAUGCAGGAGAGAUAAGCGGCAUGGAAGAACCCUUGGAAAUUCCGGUGCUCAAUGAUCUCACAAUGGUUCUGGGUUCAAUUGCACAAUCCAGAGCAACUGGAGUGAUGGUUGAUUUUAGUGAGCCUUCAACUGUUUAUGACAAUGUAAAACAGGCAGCAGCAUUUGGUUUAAGCAGUGUGGUGUACGUUCCAAAAAUUGAGCUAGCUACAGUAACUGAGCUGUCAGCAUUCUGUGAGAAGGCAAGCAUGGGUUGCUUGGUCGCACCAACAUUAUCAAUUGGUUCGGUGCUCCUACAACAAGCUGCUAUCCAGGCCUCAUUCCACUACAACAACGUCGAGAUAGUGGAAUCGAGACCUAACCCAUCGGACCUGCCAUCACAAGAUGCGAUGCAGAUUGCAAAUAAUAUAUCAGACCUUGGUCAGAUAUACAACAGGGAAGAUAUGGACUCUGAUAAUCCAGCAAGGGGUCAGAUACUUGGAGAAGAUGGGGUACGUGUCCACAGUAUGGUUCUACCAGGCCUUGCUUCCAGCACAUCAAUCAACUUCUCAGGCCCAGGAGAGAUUUACACCUUAAGACAUGAUGUGAUAAAUGUUCAAUGCCUAAUGCCAGGACUAAUUCUAGCAAUACGGAAGGUGGUACGCUUGAAGAACUUGAUUUAUGGUCUGGAGAAGUUCUUGUAGGACUUUUUUCACCGCUUGUAGGAGUUUUCAUCUUACAUACCAAGAAAAAUGCAAGCUCUUCAUAUUCAUGAGAAGGACAAUUAGAUCAAAACAGUAAAAAAAACCAUGCAAGUAUUACAAACCUAUGAACAUGCACAAGAAGUGAAGAAGCGUACAAAGAGUGGCUCCACCAAAUAGGACUAAAAUUUUCUAUGCAGAUGCUGCUCAACAUGGCAAGAUGCACCAUCUAGCUACAUUUCAAGGUGGAAAUCAAACACGUGUCAGCAACAUUUGGGAAGACCAGCCAUGGUGAUACCCGUUGUAAUCGAAAUUGGACAAUAAUACAAAGGAUGGUGGAAUUAACCCAAGCAUACGACUCAGUUCUAUGAAAGGACAUAAGUACUCGGAAAUUUAGCUGUAAGGAACUAUUUUUGCUCCUCGGUCAUGCUGGCGCGCAGUGCUAUAUAACAAACAAUACGUGGUGCGGUUGAUAGGAAACUGAAAUCAAAUGCAUUGCAUGAACCUGAUCAUCAAUCGGCCUUUCAGCCCGUACAUCAUAUAUGCGCAACAAGGCAAUCAUCAACAUGGUGAUAAAGUUACAGACUAUUUGUUG